UGUAGGGGCGGUGCCAAGCGUCACCGCAAGAUUUUGCGUGACAACAUCCAGGGUAUUACCAAGCCCGCUAUUCGUCGUCUUGCUCGCCGUGGAGGUGUGAAGCGUAUCUCAGGCCUCAUCUACGAGGAGACUCGUGGUGUCUUGAAGAUCUUCCUCGAGAACGUUAUUCGUGACUCGGUCACAUACACCGAGCAUGCCAAGAGGAAAACCGUGACGGCGCUCGAUGUCGUGUAUGCUCUCAAGCGCUCUGGGCGCACGCUCUACGGCUUUGGGGCAUAA